UUAGAUUUCGUCUCUCCUUCUUCUGCUCCUAUAAAACAAAACACACCUCCCACAUAAUAUAACAUCAUUAGUGUAUUCGUUUCCAAUCAUUGACAUGCUUCCUUGCUCCAUCUAAACAACCAAACAUGGGCGAUGAAAGUAACAACAACAACAACAACAGCAAUUGGUUGGGAUUCUCUCUCUCAGCUCCAAGCAUGGACGACCAGCAACACCCCUCCUCUAACGCCGUCUCCACUCCCGCCCCCAUCAACUUCAACUACCCGGGCUUCUGCUACGGCGUUGACGGCGACGUCUACUCCCACUUAACCGUCAUGCCUCUCAAAUCCGACGGCUCCCUUUGCUUGAUGGAGGCCAUCAACCGCUCCCAGCCACAAGCUCCGAAGCUGGAGGAUUUCUUCGGGGCGGGCCAUCCCCAUCACUACCAAGGAGGAAUGGCGCUGAGCCUCGACAGCAUGUACUACCACGCCAACACCCAACCCCUCAGCUCCGACCACCUUCACCUCCAGGAGUAUCCACUUUACUACGCGCCCCCGCCGCCGCACAAGGAGCCUGACCACGCUGACCAAAUAUCUGGCGGAGAGGCGUAUAAUGAGCUGCAGACUCUGAGCCUUUCCAUGAGCCCCGGCACGCAGUCCAGCUGCGUCACCGCCCCUGUUGUCGUCAAGAAAAGAGGGCAGGACAAAGUCGAUCAGAAGCAGAUCGUUCACCGCAAAUCCAUUGACACAUUCGGCCAGAGAACCUCUCAGUACAGAGGCGUCACCAGACAUCGAUGGACUGGGAGAUACGAAGCUCAUUUAUGGGACAACAGUUGCAAGAAAGAAGGGCAGAGCAGGAAGGGAAGGCAAGUUUACCUUGGAGGGUAUGAUAUGGAAGAAAAAGCGGCCCGGGCUUAUGAUUUGGCCGCACUCAAGUACUGGGGACCCUCCACACACAUCAAUUUUCCGUUGGAGAAUUACCAACAACAGCUGGAGGAAAUGAAGAACAUGAGCCGGCAAGAAUACGUUGCUCAUCUCCGGAGGAAGAGCAGUGGCUUCUCUAGGGGAGCUUCCAUCUACAGAGGAGUCACAAGCAGACAUCAUCAACACGGCCGCUGGCAAGCCCGCAUCGGCCGCGUCGCCGGCAACAAGGAUCUCUAUCUCGGCACAUUCAGUACGCAGGAGGAGGCUGCGGAGGCGUACGACGUCGCGGCCAUCAAGUUUAGAGGCGUGAAUGCGGUGACGAACUUCGACAUCACGCGCUACGACGUGGAGAGGAUCAUGGAGAGCAACGGCCUUCUCCCCGGGGAAAUGGCGCGACGGAACAAAGAGAUUGUCGUUUCUUCGAACGACAAUAAUGCGGUUGUUGUGGCCAAGGAGUGUGAGUGGAGAGUGGCGCUGCCUAAUGGCGAGGCGGGGAAGAUGUCCGCGCCCUCGUCCCUUGCCAGCUCGAGGGAGGGCAGCCCGGACCGGAACAAUGUGCUUCCCAUCCAAUUUCCUGCCCUGCCUAACAAGUUUUUCCCCUGCCCCACUGGGGGCGAGGGCGCGGCCGCAUGGAUCCCUGCGGCCGGCCCAAUGCGGGCCCAGGUGCCGCUCUUCUCCGCCUGGGCUGCGGAUGUUUAGUGACACGUUUUCGUUGUUGGGAUGGAUGUGUUUUGCUUGUACAAAAAGGGGAUAUUAUUACAAGGCAAAUUAAGGGGUGGUUUGGUUUGGUUUGAUGUAGGAUUAUUAAUGUUGUUAGCAAUUUGUUUAGGAAGGUCCAAACUUUUUCCAGUAAACCGGUUUGGACAGCUUUCAAUGAAAUUAAUGGGCUUUUUAUGAAUGAUGAUUAGAUUUAAGCUCCAAGAAGAGAAAGAGAACUUUUACUUUUGUAAGAAUGAUUCUUUUGACUUGGCCAUAAC